AUGGCUGCCAACCUAUUCUCCCUUGAAGGGCACACCGCCGUCGUCACCGGUUGCACCCGGGGCAUCGGCCAAGCCAUCGCCAUCGGGCUCGCCGAAGCGGGCGCCGACAUUCUUCUCAUCCAGAGAGACACCUCCAACACCGAAACUAAAGAAGCCAUCGAAAAGCUGGGCCGCAAAGCUAUCAUUUACACGGCCGACCUCUCAAUCCAAGACCAAGUCUCCUCUCUGGCCCCCCGCAUCUUCGCCGACGGUCAUGAAGUCCGCAUCCUUGUCAACUGCGCGGGAAUCCAGCGCCGACAUCCCUGUGAAGAAUUCCCCGAUGGUGACUUUAACGAAGUCAUCCAAAUCAAUCUCAACGUAGUCUUUUCCCUCACCCGCGACCUCGGCCGCCACAUGCUCUCCCUCCUCCCAUCCCCCGUGACAGGCCGCCGCGGUUCCAUCAUCAACAUCGCCUCGUUACUCUCUUUCCAGGGCGGCUUCACCGUCCCCGCCUACACGGCGUCCAAGGGCGCCGUCGCGCAGUUGACCAAGAGCUUCGCGAACGAGUGGACGUCCAAGGGUGUUACCGUGAACGCUAUCGCUCCCGGGUACAUCGAGACGGACAUGAACGAGGCGUUGCUCAAGGACGAGAAUCGGUUGAGGAGUAUUAAUGAGAGGAUUCCGGCGGGGAGGUGGGGCACCCCGGAGGAUUUUAAGGGAUCGGUUGUUUUUUUGGCGGGGAGGGGGAGUGCGUAUGUUUCGGGGCAUGUGUUGGUUGUUGAUGGGGGAUGGAUGGGGAGGUGA